UUCAACGUAUUAGAAACUAGUGAAAAUGCUGUCAAGCGUGUGCUGCAUGCGACUGAACACCUACGGUAUGGUUAUUGGCUGGCUGGGAGUGAUUUUCUCCAUCCUGGCGGUGACCCUACUUUCCUUAGGUCUGGCACAAGCUAACAGGGCUCAUAUUAGCAACCUGAGUGUUUACCUGGCAGUGGCGGUGAUCCAUCUUUUGUCAUCGGCCAUGCUGGUUUUGGGAACCGUUAAGAAACGUCAUCUGCUCCUGCUUCCCUGGCUGACCUCUAGUGGAGUAUUGCUAGCCUUAAACAGCAUCGCUCAAUUUUUCCACUGGGUGUAUCUCGAUACUUCUCCCUCCUUGCUUGCCCUGCCCGCGCUCCUGUUCUCUGUGGCUGGUUUCGUACUUCAAUGGUAUUUAUACAACGGAAUCUACUCGCUGUAUAAGCAAAUCCAAGCCAAGAGAUAUUCAGCGUCCGCUGAUUUCGCCCGCCAAACAGAAGCGCCUCUCGAACAAACAUUUCAGCAACCUGUCAUCGAUGAAAUGUUGAUUAAAUGA